AUGGCCAGCGUUGAGCAAGCCGAUGUCCAAGGCAAACCGUGGGCGGAGCUUGUCACGAAUCCAAGUCAGCCUGUUGUAGAUGCUCCUCUAACGACAGAAUGGAAGGCUGGACGGCAGGAGUAUCUGAUUAUUCUCUCCUUGGCUAUAGUCGUUGUGAUGGCCUCUCUGGACUCGAGUAUUUUUCUGCCGGUUCUGCCUACGAUAGCCGAAAGCCUUCACGGUGAUGCGACCAGCACUUUCUGGGUAGGCACCGCCUACCUGCUCCCAUGUGCUGCCUUCCAGCCUUUCAUGUCUUCUCUUUCCGACAUCUAUGGCCGGCGUAGCAUCUUGCUUCUUGCGCUGUCAUUCUUCACCCUUGGCUCGAUCAUUGGCGCAGUUGCCCAAAAUAUUGCCACUUUGCUAGCCGGUCGAGCAUUGCAGGGCAUUGGAGGCGGUGGCAUUAUCCCGCUCUCCAUGAUCGUGAUGACGGAUAUUUUCCCUUUAAGACAACGUCCCAAGUACGCCAGUCUAAUACAACUGUCCGUGGCCUUCGGAACCAUUCUUGGACCCGUGGUUGGCGGCAUUUUUGCUCAGUAUGCAGAGGGGCACGGAGGCUGGCGCUGGGUGUUCUAUAUCAAUUUCCCCUUCUGUGCGGCUGCUUACCCCAUGCUCUUCUUCUAUUUGAAUCUAAAGAGGAAAGGAGACGAUAUCCCACACGUGGAUUGGAUAGGCGCUGCUCUAUUCAUUGCCAGCGUUCUGAGCUUUUUGAUAGGCAUUUCCUGGGGCGGAGUCCAAUAUUCCUGGAGCAGCUUCCAGACAUUACUUCCGCUGUGUCUCGGGAUAGCCGGUCUGGUUGGAACUAUCGUGUACGAGCGUUAUGGAGCAAGCUCUCCAUUUUUGCGUCUGUCCAUUCUUCGUAAUCCGUCGUCAAUUGCCGUCUAUAUUGGCUCGGUCGUUCAAGGUAUUCUGCUCUUCGGUGCUCUUUAUUAUAUAUCCGUCUACCUGCAAGCGGUACAAGCGCUGUCUCCUACGAUAACCGGAGUUGGCAUUUUGCCCGUUUCUGCGAUGAUGAUGCCAUCGAGCGUCAUUGUGGCUAUUCUGAUCUCCAAGCUGGGAACAUAUCGGUGGGCUCUCUGGAUUGGCUGGGCCAUAACUGUAACAGCCACUGGUCUACUUAUCCUGUUCUAUGUGAACACAUCUACCGGAGAAUGGGUCGGCAUUAUGCUCGUGCUUGGACUCGGUCACGGCGUCUUGUUCAACUCUCUCCUGUUUGCCGCACAGGCGGUCUCGCCUCCGAAGGAUGUAGCCUAUGCCGCAUCCCUCUACACCUUCAUGCGUACCGUUGGAUUUGCCAUUGGUGUCGUGGUCGGAAGCACUGUGUUCCAGAAUAUGAUGUCCAAAGCCCUCCAAAAUUAUGGAUUGCCUACGGAACUGGCCGCGAACGCAGAAGGCUACAUUUCUACCUUGAAAACGCUCCCGGCGUCCGCGCAGAAAGACUUGAUCCUCAAAGCCUAUGCGCAGGGUCUACAGGGUGUUUUUGAAGUUCUCACAGGAAUCGGAGGUCUCGGAAUCAUUGCCACAGUAUUCAUUCCACAUCGGAGCAUGGACCGCCCUCUCGAGUCGGAUCACACCCUGAACUCUACCCCCAAGGCAGAAUAGGCAAUUUCCAAUCUUCACCAAAGCUUUACCACUUCUCAAGUCGGCAUGACUCUAUCGUUUAGUCUGCAAAUGCCUUUUACGGAUACCAUCAUUAUACA